AAAUGGCGGAACAACCAACGUCGUUGCACCUCCAGCGUCAAAAAAAGGGAACUACCCUACCGUCAUUUCAUCUCCAUUUAUUGCCCUAAAGAGAGUUGAUUUCCUAAAAAGCGUCACUCAAUUGGAGUUCUUGCGAUUGUUGCUCAUUUUGUGUUUGGUAUCUUUCCAACAAGAGCCCCUUCGGUUGAGCUUGAUUUCAUUGAUUAUUUUUCCUAUGGGAAAUGUGUUUUCUGGUUGCUUUAGCCAAAUGCACAAAGACUUGGGACCAGUUUAUCGGAUGCCAAGCCAAGCCAAUGAGUUCCCAAGUACAAAAAUUUACGAAUUUACUGUUAAGGAUGCAAAGGGAAAGGAUGUGGAUCUUAGCGUGUACAGAGGAAAAGUUCUACUGAUUGUCAAUGUUGCUUCUGAAUGUGGAUUGACCGAUGAAAAUUACCCUGAGCUAACUAAACUAUAUCAGCAGUAUAAAGAUCAAGGCUUGGAAAUUCUGGCAUUUCCGUGCAACCAGUUUGCUGCUCAAGAACCAGGAAGUAAUCAACAAAUUGAAGAGUUUGUCUGCACUCGUUUUAAAUCAGGAUUCCAAAUUUUUGACAAGAUUGAAGUAAACGGUGAUAAUGCUGCUCCAUUGUACAAGUUCUUGAGGUUAGGCAAAUGGGGAUUCUUUGAUGAUGAUAUUCAGUGGAACUUUGCUAAGUUUCUUGUUGACAAGGAAGGGAAAGUUGUUAAUCGUUAUUACCCAACAACUUUACCCUUUAGCCUUGAGAAUGACAUAAAGAAGCUGUUGGCGGAGUCUCAUGAAUGCUGAGAUGUGAAGGCUUCAACAGACAAUUACUUGUGAUACAAUCUCACUAAUUUAUCUCGUUGUUUCAAAUCUGAUAAAACCUAGUCUGUUAAUAGGUUAUUU